GAAAAGUCAGUCAGUAUUCGACGUUGUCAGCAAAAGCACGAUCGCUAUUCGCCCUACAACGGCUACGAUUCUGUCAAUUGUUUGCACACAAAACAAAAGACCACGUUUUUUAUCACUAGAAAUAGAACUAGAUCCUUCAACUAGUGGGCGUCCACAAUGCCACGAUCGGAGAUAACAACGGCUCUGCUGCUUCUGGGAUCGAUCUCUAUGGUAACUUCAAUUAUUUACCAAAAGAACUGCUUGCACUUCGACGAGGCAUACACAUUCAAAGAGAAUCGGUUCACCGGCAAGUGGUAUGAAAUGCGUCGUCUAUAUGAUCCGGAGGAUACCGAGCAGGAGGAUUGCGUACAGGAAUUGUACACCCGUGCAAGCAACAUGCUAGAUUUUGACAUAAUUCGAUCGGCGCAAAAGACUGAAAACGAUGAUCCGGUGUACUCUACUGCAGUUGCAAGUCCUCGGGCGUAUGCCAACUCAAAAGUGCCGCAAUUCUUUUUGCGCUUCAAUACCACCAACCCCGCAGAUCCAGAUACACCGAUAGACAUCGUGCAAACCGAUUAUUGGAACUACGCUAUCGUGUACUCAUGCUCCUCCAUCAACACAACAACAGUAUCAGAAUCUGCGCGGAUCUUGGUUCGUAGCCGUUCGUUGCCGAAACACGCAGCCGAUUUCAUCAGUAAAUUCGAAACGGAUCAUUUCAAGCAUCCAGAACACAAGUGGCGCAUGACGAAACAAUCGGAUGUCUUCUGCAAGCCGAACAUCCUUGUAUAUAAUGGAGCCGUUGGUGGGGAUCGUAAUGUUGCUAUUUGGCAAAGUAUAGCACAGGUCCUUAUUGUCUAUCUGUUGUCGAAACUUUAUUUGUAAAUAUGUAAUACGAUUUAAUGUACAGAUUAUUAUACGCCAAACAUACGAUGUGCCGAGUGUCUGUUUUAUCUUGUAUGUUUUGAAAGCCGUCGUGGCUCGACUGUAUAAUUGAAAUAGAAAAGUUUUAUAUGUUGUCUAAGAUUAUAA